AUGGUCUACCUUAUGGUCCCGGGACUAGCCUUCCUUUAUUCCGGCUUGUCUCGACGAAAAAGCGCACUUUCGCUCAUUUGGGUCGUCUCAGCGAGCAACGUCGUCGUCAUCUUCCAGUGGUUCCUCUGCGGUUAUUCUCUGGGCUUCUCACCCACGGCCACCAACGGGAUUAUCGGGAACCUCAGAAAUAUUGGCCUGAUGAAUGUCCUGGGAGAGCCUUCCCCAGGGACCCCCCUCCUCCCCGACAUCCUCUACAGCUUCUUUCAAAUGGAGUUUGCCUGUGUCACGGCUGGUAUCCUAGUGGGGGGUAUUGCUGAGCGUGGAAGAGUGAUGCCUGCAAUGAUUUUUAUUUUUAUAUGGAUGACGCUCGUCUACUGCCCUCUUGUUUGCUGGAUCUGGAAUGCUAACGGAUGGGCAGCCAAGUUGGGUGUUCUCGAUUUCGCCGGUGGAGGCCCUGUUGAGAUUGCGAGUGGUAUGGGUGGCCUUGCGUACGCGUGGGUCCUUGGCCAAAGGAAAAAGCAAGAGUUGCUCAAUUUCAGACCUCAUAAUGUUUCCCUAGUCGCACUCGGAACUUCCUUGUUAUGGUUUGGGUGGAUCGGCUUUAACGGAGGGAGUGCCUUCGGCGCCAACCUACGUGCAAUUUUUGCAGUUUGGAAUUCAAUGAUAGCGGCCGCAUUCGGUGGGAUCGUCUGGUGUUUGUUGGAUUAUCGUGUCGAUCGACGUUGGAGUAUGGUGGGUCUUUGCUCAGGAACCAUUGCUGGUCUGGUGGCAGCGACUCCAUCCUCGGGAUACAUCCAACCCUGGGCAUCCGUCUUUGUCGGGAUCAUAUCUGGAACCUUGUGCAAUUUUGCAACGAAGUUGAAAUUCAUGCUCCGGGUGGAUGAUGCGUUGGAUCUCUUCGCUGAGCAUGCAAUUGGUGGAAUUAUUGGACUCCUACUCACCUCGUUCUUUGCCUCUUCGACGGUCAUGGCCAUGGAUGGUGUUACCACCGCCACCCCAAACAGAUGGCUGGAGCAACUGGCCAAGCAGUUUGCUUACGUCUGUGCAACAUCCAUCUACACCUUCGUCCUCACCGCGUUAAUAGCCAAAACCGUCAACUCCAUCCCUGGUUUGAGCUUACGGUGUGCGCCUGAAGCAGAGGUUCUCGGUGUGGACGAAGUCGAGAUUGGAGAGUUCGCCACAGAUUACAUUGAAACCCAAGUCCUUUUUUAUUACGGCCAAAAUCCAUUCCGAGCCUAA